UAAUGAUGUUGUGAACGCAGGUCGUGAGAAAUAAACCGAAAAAAUUAAAAAAAUAAUUGUACGAUACAAAUACUUAAAAACUUCUGCGUGUUAAUUUAACAAUUGUUAAACUAAAAUGUCGAUUGACUCUGCUUGGAUCUUUCGUGUUUGUCUGGUUAUGGCAGUAACUUUGAUAUUGUUUGCUGAUUUUCUCGGUUAUGGUGGUGCAAAUGCAAGGAAAAGUGACAAUAGCGAAGACUACGAAGAUUAUACCGCUGAAGAUCACCAACCAAUAACAAAGAAUGUUAAAGACAAGUCAAAUGGACAAUCUUUGAAAAAGAACAGCAAGAAAAAUCAUUUUCCAAAGUCGUCUGAUGACUUGACAACAGACGAUGAACGAAUUGAUUUUAAAUUCAUCAAAAAAGCUUUCACAGAAAAGCAGAAGGUUGAUGAAAAGAAGAACAUGGAAGUUGUUAAUCAAAAGAUAAGCGAUUCCCUUAGGGAACUUUGUUUACCAAAGCUGCUUUGUGAGAUUGCAGCUAAACCAACAUAUCUUCUUAGUGAUAAAGAGAAACAUGUACUUUCGUUAUUAAAGUCGACUUCAUUAUCAAUAGUUGCCGAUAGCCCUUCGGUUUAUCAUUUCAGCUCGCAUAUGGGGCAAUUAAUGCGACAUUCAGCAGACUCUUUAGGCGGUUCCAUUCAAGGGUGUGCUAUGCUUUGGCCUCAUUGCCCUUACAGUAGCGAUAAAUUGAUGCGCAUAUCAACAAAAGUUAGACUGCGAUGAUCUUGUUUUUGUUAUUUUUGUAUGCCUUAAGUUAUUUCUAGUCAGACCCAUAAAAUCUCGUUUUUGUUUUGUAUUUAGAUAUAUAAAUAAAUAAAAUUGAUAAAAAGAA